CAACAAAACCAAAAACCCUAAUCUCGCUGUAAAACCCUAGAAGGUGGGAGCGAGAGAGAGAUAAAGGAAGAUGAGACCUUUGGAUGAGAAGGAGACGAGCGUAGUGUUCGAGAAACUCUUCAAAUUCGUCGGAAACAACCUCAAGAACAUCGUCGAGAACCCCUCUCACGAGGGCCCCGAUGCCAAUCCUGGCCGCUACUGCUUCCGCCUCCACAAGAACAAGAUCUACUAUGUCAGCGAGUCCCUCGUCAAGCGCGCCACCAACGUCGCGCGUCCUAACCUUGUCUCCCUUGGUACCUGCAUCGGCAAGUACACCCACGGCGGCAGCUUCCACCUCACCGUCCAGGCCCUAAACUUGCUCGCCGCCAACGCCAAGCACAAGGUAUGGCUCAAACCGCAGUCUGAGAUGUCUUUCUUGUACGGAAACCACGUUUUGAAGAGCGCGUUGGGCAGAAUCACGGACAACAUUGCCGCCGGUGACGGAGUUGUUGUAUUUUCCAUGGCUGAUGUGCCGUUGGGUUUCGGUGUCGCCGCGAAGUCUACGCAGGAUUGCAGGAAGUUAGAUCCCAAUGGCAUCGUUGUUCUGCACCAGGCCGAUGUGGGAGAGUACUUGAGGAUGGAGGAUGAGCUUUAAUGCAUUUUGCAAACGUUUUUUUUUUGUUGAAUUUUGAACUUAAUGAAAUUAUAUCAUCUUCGAUAUUAUAUGUAUUUAAUCCCUUUGCCUUUGAGGUUACUUAUUAGAUUCCUCUGUGGUGCCGGAGGGGUUGAUUUGCCUUUGAGGAUCGGUGUGAUUUGCUUUGCAAUUUUUUCAGGGGAAAGUAAUUAAUGGAGGAAUUAGUUUUGUCUUUGUUAUUUUUGUAAGUUCUUUGAAAGAGAAAGAUAUGUAUGAAUUGAAAAGUGAUUAUGAAAUAUGGGCUAUUCUGUUCACUUGAAAAA